GAUAUGUACCAAGUACGAACAUGGACUGGUUUGUACGUAUCCGCCGAUGAAGUGCUGCUCCCUCUCCCCGCCCCCGAAAAAAUUUACUUCUCCGACGCGCCAUAAGACCCGAAGGUGUGCUUUACUGCUGUUCGCCAACCAUGCGGGACUUGGUCUGGCUUCGCGUUGCAUGCAAUACGGCCCGUCGACAGCAUCAGAGCGCAGCGCCAACGCCAGCGGCAGCGUAGUGUGUGCGUUUGGCGGUGGAGAGCCACGGAGUGAAUGUGUGUGUCUCAAAAAGCCACGCCGGGUGUCAGCGUCACCUCGGUUCAUCCGUCCACCUAUUGACUACAAUAUUUAUCAUCAACAAGGGGACAGUAUUUUCGUUUGAGGAUACCGUUGUGUUCAACGAUGCUGCGGCACUCAUUGCACUUCUACACCUCCGCAACAAUCAGGUUGACUCAACGACCGAUUCAUCGCGAAAAGUC